ACAUCCCGGGUCAGCCGAGGCCCAGCUCAGGGCCUGGUCUGCCCUGGACCGUGCCCAUUACCCUUGGAAGAGUGCCCAUCCAGCCCCCUCCCCAGGAGGCCACAUACUCCGCGUACUGAUAGCUCCCCCGCCUGUCUCGCCACUUCCAGACUGAAGCGGUCCCCGCUGAAGGUGAGAUUCUGCACCAAUGAGUCACAGAAGUCCCGGGGAGACCUGGUGGGGCUGCUUCGGCGGCUGGGCUUCGACAUCUCCGAGGGCGAGGUGACGGCCCCGGCCCCAGCCACCUGCCUGAUCCUGAAGGAGCGAGGCCUGCGGCCACACCUGCUUAUCCAUGACGGAGUCCGCUCAGAAUUUGAUCAAAUAGACACGUCCAACCCAAACUGUGUCGUAAUUGCAGAUGCAGGAGAAAGCUUUUCUUAUCAAAACAUGAAUAAAGCUUUCCAGGUGCUCAUGGAGCUGGAAAAUCCUGUGCUCCUCUCACUGGGAAAAGGACGCUACUACAAGGAGACCUCUGGCCUGUUGCUGGACGUUGGUCCCUACAUGAAGGCGCUUGAGUAUGCCUGUGGUAUCGAAGCGGAGGUGGUGGGGAAGCCUUCUCCCGAGUUUUUCAAGUCUGCCCUGCAAGAGAUGGGAGUGGAGGCCCACCAGGCCAUCAUGAUCGGAGAUGAUAUCGUGGGCGACGUCGGCGGUGCCCAGCGGUGCGGGAUGAGGGCUCUGCAGGUGCGGACGGGGAAGUACAGGCCCAGUGAUGAGCACCAUCCAGAAGUAAAGGCUGAUGGGUACGUGGACAACCUCGCGGAGGCCGUGGACCUGCUGCUGCAGCACACAGACAAGUGACGGGCCUUCUGGGAGGGCCUCUAGCCUCCUGCCACCCUUCCCUGUGCCCAGACCACGCAAGGCCCUGUCCCCUGCCCUGGACAGGCAGGUGGAAGGGGGCCAGCCAGGCAGUUCGGGGCUGCCCUGUUCCUGGGCCUGAGCCACCAGCCCCUCUUCUGCUUCCCUCUGCAGAACCCCCCCCCGCCCCCAGUCACACCUCCCAGCUGCCUGGGCAGAGUUUGAUCCCCACCUGAUGGCCUGUCCCCUGCCUGUGCGUCCUUGGUGGAGUCAGGAGGUGGGGCAGACCUGUUGAAUCCCUGAGCCUGUUCACUCUCCAUUCCCACCAGAUCCUUUAAAUGCUCCACCUAACUGGACUCAGGUGUUUGCCCACUGCCUCCUAUCAGACAGUCCUGGCAUUUUAGGGAGGUGCUUGGAGAAAGCAGGGGCCUCCUGUGCACCGUCCUCGCAGCCCAGAGCUGAACCCGCCUCCCCGGGACUGCCCAGCGGCCCUGGGCCCUAGCCGCUGUCAGAGUGGCCACCCAGCAUUCCCCACGCACCCCUUACCGAUGCAGCCACCCUCUUCUCAUCCCAAGUCACCUCUGGAGCAAAAUGGAGCAGCCCUCAGGGGCACUCUGAAGACCACCAUCCUACAGAGCAAGAAUUGUAACCUCUAGAAUCCAGGUUGCAGGCAGAGAGUACUUUCUGGAGCCUUAACUCCAAAUGUGUCACACCCAGGGUGCGCAGGAGGACACUAACGGAUAAUAAACUCUGCCCUGACCAGCGACGACUUGGGCUUCGACUGCACGGGGGUGGGAGGGGGCACCGUCCCUGAUCUUGCCAUGUGCUUGACCCUCUAAACAUCGGGGGCCAGGGUCCUGAGACAUCUCGCCUGCCCCAAACUCUUGGUUUAACAGGCGGGGAAAGUGAGGACCCGUGGGGACCAGGUGGACCUUCCCUCAUGGAGCAGCCCUGAGGCCGGGGCGGUGAGCCACGGCUUCCCCAAUUCACUCACAGCCCAGGUUUCAGGUUUCAGAAUCAGUCAGCAGAACAGAUAACUUGAUUGCUCUGUUCCUCCCCAAAUUCAGUGCAGAAGCCAUUGACAAAUCUUGGAAGACUCCUUCUAAGAGAAGUCCUGAGUCCUCCGUACAAGAUUUCCAUUAAAUGAAGGCAGAUGAAGAUUUAAAAGCUAAACCCGGAACCUGAGUUCCCUGGAACAGGAGCCCAGGGCCGGCGGGGGCUGUGCUGUCCCCAGGCUGUGCCCGCCAUUCCGGCCACCAUUAAAUCAGAAUUCGGAAGAUA